GGCUCGGCCAGCUUCCAGGCGCUCGUCCUCCCUCGUCUGUCGCGGGGCUCCGGGUGGAAGAGGCAGUUCGGCCGUCCGGAGGGCGGAGGAAGAGAACUUUGAAAGAACUCGGUGCGGACUUUCGCAGUGUCGCCGGCGAAGGCGAUGAACCGAGCGAGCGCGCGCGCUGCGCCCUGACCGCGAGGAUCCACGGCUCGCGCGGUCCGACCGCGAACUCCUCCGUCUCUCGUGCGUAAAAGCCGCUGGUUUCGGGACUGCCGUCUGCCCGAGCGACCUAUUUCACGCGCAGUGGGACUUUUUUAAUUGCACCGUGAGAACAUUUUUGCACAUUUUUGCGGCCUGUGGAAAAACAAAGGACCGUGGGACGCACCGGUCCGCCCGCUCGGAGUCGGGGAGGCUGCUGGAAACUGAAGUCAUGGCUCCGUUCGCCAUCUGCGCGCUCCUGCUCUUUAAAGCCGCUCUUGGGAACGCCUGCGCCACCGAGCAGCUCACCGAAUCGGGGCAGUGCUGCAGCGCGUGUCCUGCCGGCUUCCAGGUGGAGGUGCCGUGCGGGAAAGACGACACCAAGUGCAAACCGUGCCCGCGGGGCACCUUUUCGGCGUCCGAGGACCUCGGGCCCUGCCUCCCCUGCAGCAGGUGCCCGCCCGGCGUGCCCACGCUGGGCUCCUGCUCGGCCAGACAGGACACGCAGUGCGACUGCGACCGGGGCUUCUUCUUCCUGGGCGCCUACGGCCUGUGCGCGCCCUGCUCCAGGUGCGGCCGCGGCCAGGGCGCCGUGCAGCCGUGCAGCCCCCAGCGGGACACGCUGUGCCGGACCUGCGGCCCGGGGACCUUCUCCGAGGAGCCCCUCGGCACCAAGCCCUGCCAGGCCUGCACCCGGUGCUCCGACGGCGAGGUGGAGAUCCGAGCCUGCAUGCCCGACUCCGACACGCUCUGCAUGGAUAAGACGCUGCACAUCCUGUCCCGUCCCGCCGAGUCCGACGGCUCCCGUGACCCUUCGCGCCUUCCCGGUGUAGAGGAGGUGACGGAGGGGGAAGGAAGCCCCGCCCCUGGAACUGCUAAGUUCACCCCGCAGGACGAGGGCAGCAGCAGCCACAUUCUGGCCUACGUGUCCGUCCUGGCUGCCGUGGUGCUGGGCCUGCUGGUCUACGUGGCGUACAAAUGCUGGAGGUCAUGCAAACAGAAGAAGGCCCUCUCCAAGGCCCGCGCCACUGAGCUGGGGACGUCUCUAGAGGGCGAGAAGCUCCAGAGCGACAGCGGCGUCUUUCUGGACUCGCACAGCCUGCAGGACAACCAGACCAGCAAAGGUACCAAGAGGGACAGCAAGCAGGACAAUCGCCUGUACAUCAACCUACCCCCCCACAGGCAGGAAGAGGUGGAGCGCCUCCUGGAGGACGGAGGGGGCCGGGGCUGGAGGCAGCUGGGCGCCGCGCUGGGCUACGAACCCGAACAGCUGGACCUGUUUGGGCACGGAGAGGCCCCCGCCCACACGCUCCUCUCCAACUGGGCCCAGAAGGAAGGCUCCACUCUGGGACUGCUGUUCUCGGCGCUGGCCCGCAUCGAGCGGCCCGACGUGGUGACGGUCCUCAGCUGCCCCACGCAGGGGGUGUCCGUGGUCUGAGGACCCCAAGUGUGACUCUAGGCCCCCGUGAAGAACUUUGAUCCACAUGACAAAGGGGGGCGCCCUGAUGCCAACGCCCGUCAGCGUUGGAGGCUGCCGCUGAUGGUUCUGAGUAGUAGCUUUUAGUGAGGCAAAAAAUAUUCACACGAGAAAAUAAACAGCGUUCAUCUGUUCCAUGCUCUGUGGUCACUGCAGCAUCAGGCAGAAACCUGGUCAGAUAAUAAUAAUAAUAAUAAUAAUAAUAAUAAUAAUAAUAAUAAUAAUAAUAAUAAUAAUAAUAAUAAUAAUAAUAAUAAUAACAUAAUAAUAACACUCAUUCAAGUGCGGUUGAAAUAUAAAUUGCAUGCACACAAGUCCUGGUGACUGAACAUUCGAUCAGGAAACGGAAAGACUUGUUUACACGAGUGUGAUUCUUGUAAAACCACUUAAUAUGUUCUUCAGACUGCAACCAGAUCCAUCCUCUGCCCCGACUGAAACUUCCCCAUGCUGUCAUGAUCACAGACGGAUGGAUCAGACCAUGCUCCUAGUCCGGGAAGCCUUGUUUUAUAAAUCACAGCUUCAGUGACCACUCCGGCAGCCAGACGCUCUCCAACAGCACUGUUUUCCAGUACGAUGGGACUUUAUCCAUUUGGGUUGAAUUCUGUGCACAUGGACAAACUCCAAGUGUUACGGUCAAGUGGUCAGAUUUUUCCAGUAUAAAUCUAGGGUUAGGUCUUAAUGAUCCCCACGGUACUUUCUGUUUACUUUGCAAGAACACUUGUGCUGAAUUGUAGAUAUGAACCUUCUCAUCAGACUGUUUCCAGUUUGUGUUGCCUUGUUGUUUUUGUCAUUCGUUUUCUGUUGCAACCACUGCGUAGCUAGGUGUUUAUAUACCGAGGAUGGAUUAUGCACAACGUUUCAGAUCUCAUCAAAAGAAAACCAUCUUUCUUAGCUCUUCCCAUGAAUCAUAUGAUUGUAAAUAUUUUAAAUACUGAUUUGUCAUGGCUCAAAUUUGAUUUGCCAUUUAUAAAGUUGAAUCUCUACAUACACAAUUUUUUAUUUUUUUUGUAUUAGACAGAUGAAAUUUCCAAGACACUGCUUACACCGCUGCCACGUGUCCAACUUGCUAUCUUGCAUUUGUAUUUAUUUCAUCAUCAUGUCAUGUCUAAAUGAAAGGAGUCAGCUGAACACCUGUGGUUCAUAGAAGAACUGAGAAGAGGAUCUCAGAAUUUGACUUUUUGUAUAUACGGUAUAUGUAUAUUAUAAGUGUGUUUUUUAAGAGUUUAUUCAUUAAAUAAAAAUGUUGAUAACUCACUG